CCUCCCCUCCCCUCCCUCCCCAGCUUUCCCUGCGAGCGGACGCGGCAGCGCCUCUGCCUCGCUUUUUCUUAUUUUUUCCCCCCCUUUCCCCUUCCUUUUUUUUUUCCUUUUUCCCCCUUCCCCCUUUUCACCAUUUCCCCUCGGAGGUGCCUCCCCCGGGCAGGGGCAGAGCCGGUCUCACCCCCCGCCUCUCCCCGGCCCCCGCCGCCCUAUGGCGAGAGGGAACCCCCUCCCCACCCGGGCACAAGCGGCGGCGGUUGGAGGAGCGGGACCCGCGGCGGCGGCGGCGGCCUCAGGUCCGGGGGCGUCAUGGAACUAAUUCGCUGACCGACCCACCGGCCGCAGCCGUGCGUCCCGCUCGAGCGCCAGCGCCCGCGCCCUCCGGCCCGGUUCCCCCUCUUCUCCCUCCUCAGUCGGCCCCAUCCUCGUCCCGCGCGCCCCGUCGCCGCGCGCUGAGGAUAAUGAGGUGGUAACGGGCCCCCGGAUGACCCCCCGUCACCACUGUGAGGCCUACAGCUCUGCCGGGGAGGAGGAGGAGGAGGAGGAAGAGGAGGAGAAGGUAGCUACAUCAAGCUGGGUGGCAGGCAGAUCCAAAGGAUAUCAUGAAGUUUCCAGGGCCUUUGGAAAACCAGAGAUUGUCUUUCCUGUUGGAAAAUGCAAUCUCCAGGGAAGCCCAGAUGUGGAAAGUGAAUGUGCCGAAAAUGCCUACAAAUCAGAAUGUUUCUCCAUCCCAGAGAGAUGAAGUGAUUGAGUGGCUGGCCAAACUCAAGUACCAAUUCAACCUUUACCCAGAAACAUUUGCCCUGGCUAGCAGUCUUUUGGACAGGUUCUUAGCUACUGUAAAGGCCCACCCAAAAUACCUGAGUUGUAUUGCAAUCAGCUGUUUUUUCCUAGCUGCCAAGACUGUUGAGGAAGAUGAGAGAAUACCAGUACUGAAGGUGUUGGCAAGAGAUAGUUUCUGUGGAUGUUCUUCAUCUGAAAUUCUGAGGAUGGAAAGAAUUAUUCUGGAUAAGUUGAAUUGGGAUCUUCACACAGCCACACCAUUGGAUUUUCUUCACAUUUUCCAUGCCAUUGCAGUGUCAACUAGGCCUCAGUUACUUUUCAGUUUGCCCAGACUGAGCCCAUCUCAACAUUUGGCGGUCCUUACCAAGCAAUUACUUCACUGUAUGGCCUACAACCAGCUUCUGCAAUUCAAAGGAUCCAUGCUUGCCCUGGCCAUGGUUAGUUUGGAAAUGGAGAAACUCAUUCCUGAUUGGCUUCCUCUUACAAUUGAACUGCUUCAGAAAGCACAGAUGGAUAGCUCCCAGCUGAUCCACUGUCGGGAGCUUGUGGCACAUCACCUUUCUACUCUGCAGUCUUCCCUGCCUCUAAAUUCCGUUUAUGUCUACCGUCCCCUCAAGCACACCCUGGUGACCUGUGACAGAGGAGUGUUCAGAUUACAUUCCUCCUCUGCCCCAGGCCCAGAUUUCUCCAAGGACAACAGCAAACCAGAAGUGCCAGUCAGAGGUACAGCAGCCUUCUACCAUCAUCUCCCAGCUGCCAAUGGGUGCAAGCAUACCUCUGCUAAACGCAAAGUAGAGGAAAUGGAAGUGGAUGACUUCUAUGAUGGGAUCAAACGGCUCUAUAAUGAAGAUAAUGCUUCAGAAAAUGUGGGUUCUGUGUGUGGCACUGAUUUAUCAAGGCAAGAGGGGCAUGCUUCCCCUUGUCCACCUUUGCAGCCUGUUUCUGUCAUGUAGCUCCAAGUGUUAACCUUCAAGUGCAAACUAAGGUAGACUACUGUGGGAAUGGGAACAUGGAAAACCAGGAUGGGCUAUAUAAAGGUAUAUACCUUAUCAGGCUGAUUCAAAAUGAGCCAGCAAAAAAAAAACAAAAACAAAAACCUGUUGACUUGUAUGGCUAAUUAUAAUUCAACAUUAAUAUUUAAGCACUUAAAGACCAAAAAAAGUGUAAAAUUCAAGAUCAAAAAAUUUUUUUAAAAAUUCCUUUGUAGUAUUUGUCAGUUCCACCCUUUUCUCUGCUAAAAUGUAAUGUAGAUUACCCUGUGUCAGAAAUUCAGUGGUUUUUUUUUUAAGUUCCAAAAUUCCUAGCUAGCAAACCUUGUCCCCAAAUCCUGAUUUAAUCUUCCUCUUGUUUUGCUUGCUGCUGCUUUGAGCACUAAAUGAAUUUCAUGCAUGUUGCUCUAUAGCCUGACUUUCACUGAUGAGGAAACCUUCAGCAUUUAUUUUUAGCAAUUUAGUGAACAAAUUAUUUGUGUGACAGCCAUGUUUAAUCCAUGAUUCAAAUUAAUCUGGAAAAAGUAUUUCAGAAUUGCCUGUAUGAAUCAGAGGUGGUAACAGGGCUCCCAUUCCAUAUUGAUUUUUAUUUGUCUCCUUUCAGUUUCUGGAGUUUAGAAACAAAAUUAGUAUUUUCAUUUCUGUUUAUCUUAAAUUGAAGCUUAAAAGUGGCAUGUGAUUAGGACACUUAGAUUUGUUGAAAGCAUUUUUUGACAUUUGUAUAAAAGAAUUUGUGAUAUAAAGUUAAUAUAUCCAGGUGCUCACCAAAGAACCAUGCUAUGUAACAACUAAAAUUAGAUUUUUAAAAAACUGAUCCGUUCACUCAUUUAUAAUUAAUAGGAGAGACUGUCUAGAUGUUGGGGCAGCUUUAUGAUUUGGAUCUGUAACAUGUAAUAACUGAAUUCAGUACCCUAGUUUUAUGUUAAGCUAUUAAGAUUUUCUUGAUAAAAGUUAAUCCCUCUGCCUCCCCAGCCUACCUGUAUCUCUCUUAAUGACUUCUGGAUCCUGAGCUCCCUGUGCAGUCUGAAGAAGGUAUUUCAGUCAGAACCAUGUACUGAUGAUAAAAGCCUCUGGUAGCAAUAAAAGUUGUCCUUACCCUUUUUA